AUGGCCGCAAGCACAGGGUCUCCAGCGCACGCGGAAGGAGGCGUCAUUCCUUCGGCGACUUCGGUCACGCCGGCCCCCGCGGGAGUCCCAACCUUCCGGGGCGACGCCACGCCGUCGCCUCCCGGCGAUGACAUGGACCACAACAGCGUUGUUGUCGGCGACUCAUUCUUGGCGGGAGGGGGUGGGGACGGAGCAGGGGCGGGUUCUGGCGCUAACAGCCCGCCGGGGCCGGGGGCGGGUGGUGGGGGUGUGGGUGGGGGCGCCGAGGGAGAGGGGGAUGGGGACUGGGGGAGCAAGAUGGGGUUGCAGCUGUCGGCACUGUUCGUUCAGAGGGCGCUCAUGGCGUUCCGACGGGAAAGGGCUGCCAUGAGAGUGGUGACCCCCCCAAUCGAGUUCCGGGAGGAGCACCUGGGAGGGGGUCCUACGCUGAGCGCUAGCUUCCACCUUCCUCGCUCGGCUAACAUCCUGCGGGUGAUCAGUGCCAUGGUGUCCGAAGACCAGGUUAUGGAGGUGAAGCAGCCGGUCAUCGACAAGGCUGGGGCUUCGAUUUCUUUCUGCGAAAAGGAUCGCACCGGGAGCCUGUUGAUCCGGCAGGACCCUUCCACGGGACCCCGCGGGGGCAAGGACAGCAUCCACCUCUACCGUGACGGUGGCUUCACAAAGCAAGACCUGGCGGCACUCGUUCAGGGCUACCAGGAGGCGUGGUCCGGCCUCAACGGCAGAGAUGUGUCCUACAGGUUUGUUAUCGCUCCUGGGGAGUCAGCGACGACGGCGCCGCCGGCGACACGAUCUCCGGAGAGCGCCACUAGCGCGUCGGGCGGCCCUUCCUCCGCGGUGCCCGGGAGCAAGGCGGCGGGGGCGGAGAAGCUGCGGCAGCUCGGCGUCGAGGUGUUCGACAAGACCACCGGGGAAACCCCAGGAUGGGAUUCUCUCGCGGGGUACGCGGACGUGAAGCAGGAGAUCGAGGACACUCUCAUCUUGCCGCUCAGACACCCGGAGGUUUACGAUGUCAUCGCUCGAAAGACGCGCACCCAGUUCGAGUGCAACCGGCCCCGUGCCGUGCUGUUCGAGGGACCCCCCGGCACGGGCAAGACAGUCAGCGCCAGGGUCAUCGCUGGCAGAUCCGACCGUCCGAUGGUCCACGUCCCGGUGGAGAACAUCAUGUCCAAGUGGUACGGCGAAUCCGAGAAGAAGCUUAGCGCUAUCUUCGACGCGUGCGACGAGAUGGGGGGAGCGAUCAUCUUCAUCGACGAGGUUGACGCCCUCGCCGGGUCUAGGUCGACCGGGGGCAUGCACGAGGCCACCCGCCGAGUGCUCUCGGUCAUCCUGCAGAAGGUCGAAGGCUUCGAGAAGGGAUCGAAGAACAUUCUCAUCUGCGCCACCAACAGGAAAGACGACCUCGACGCGGCCCUCAUCAGCCGCUUCCAGCUGUCGAUUCAGUUUGGGCUGCCUGACGCUACCACGCGCCGCGAGGUGUUCGGGCUGUACGCCAAGCAGCUCUCCCAGCACGAGCUGCAGACUCUGGCCACAAUCACCGCGGGGAUGUCUGGCCGGGAUAUGAAGGUGUGUGUGUGUGGGGGGAGGGUGCUUUGA